UGUUGGGGACUGCUGCAGUGCUAGAAAGAAAAUUAUUUUUGUAAUAUUGACAGCAGGACCAUUGUAUUAUUUAUUACAGUAACUUUAUUUCAUAUAUUAUAAGGUAUCAAUCAAAAUAAAUAAUGGCAAAGAACAAAGUUGAUAUCGGUUUCUUAGAGGAGAAAAGUAACUGGCUUUUGCAUCCUAAGUAUUUCCCAAGCAAAGUGGGAGGGAAACCAGCUUGGCUAGAUCUUAAAAAUUUACCCAAUCCUACAGAAUUGAGUUGUAAGAUAUGCAAUGAUCCUUUUGUGUUUCUAUGUCAAAUAUACGCUCCAUUUGAAGAAUCUAGUGAUCACUUCCAUCGCACAUUAUUUAUAUUCAUUUGCCGUAAUGGGUCGUGCUGUCGCAAAAAUUCAGUUGAAAAUUUUGUAGUGCUACGCUGCCAGUUGCCUAGAAAAAAUGACUAUUACUCUUACGAGCCUUACGAAGAAGUUCAAUGUAAUGAUUUUCCAAUGGAGAAAUGGCCUAAGGUCUGCAAUUUGUGUGGGAUGAAGGGACCUUCUCACUGUUCAAAAUGCAAAAAGACAUUUUAUUGCAGUCGUAAACAUCAAAUACUGGACUGGCAAAAAGGUCAUAAGGAAUUGUGCCCUCAGUUGCAGAUUGAAGAAAUUGUUAAAUAUAAUGAGUUUACUGUAACUGAAGCAGGGAAGACUAUUUUAUUUAAGGAAUGGGAACUCAUUGUGGAUGACGAGGAUGAGGAAGAGGCUACUGAUGUAGAUGAAAACAAAGAAAUGGAGAAACUAAGAAAAAUGAUACAAGAAAAGAGAGCAGGAACACUCGGCAAUGUUAGUGAAAAUGAACUUGAACAAUACACAAGGACUCUGCCUGAGGACAAAGUGUUUAACAAAUUUAGCAAGAGGAUUGCAAGGCACCCUGAUCAAGUGCUUCGAUAUGAUAGGGGAGGCACUCCUCUUUGGAUUACAGGACACACUGAAGGCACUGCUGUUGUUGUGCCAAAUUGCCAGUACUGUAAAGAAGAGAGGCAGUUUGAAUUUCAAGUAAUGCCUCAGCUAUUGAACUUCAUCAAUGUUGGUAUAGAUUUCAACAGCAUUGACUGGGGGGUGCUAGCUGUGUACACAUGCAAAGCAAGUUGCACACAAGGCCCAGCAUAUAAAGAAGAGUUUAUGAUAAAACAAGAUUUAACUAUCUAA